GAGCUUCUCCUUUCCCACUGUGACAGACGCCCUUGAACGCGGCUUCCGUGGCCGGGGCCAGGCCGGGUCCUCACGCACCGGGGGAGCUCGGAGGAAAAUGUCCGCUUCAUCGCUAUUUUGAGUCUCGAACAAGCACGGACGUCAUAAAGGUAUGGUGGGAAUUCCAGUCAAGAUGGCCAGAGACAAGAAGUGCAUCCUCUGUGAGACGGUCCAUGUCUCCAAGCAGGAGAUGGACGAGCACAUGAGAAGCAUGCUGCACCACCGCGAGCUGGAGAAACUCAAAGGCCGGGACUGUGGCCACGAGUGCCGGGUGUGCAAGGUGUCGGUGGUCAGCCUGACCGACUACGCCGGCCACAUUUCCAGCCCGGCGCACAAGCAACGCCUGGAGGCUCUGGAGAAGACGCCCGCCGGCGAGGAGGACUACUUCGACCAGGCCCUGGUGGACGCCAUCCUCAAGAGGAAGGAGCAAAUACGCAAAGAAAAGGAGGCGGCCGCCGCUGCUCAGCUGGCCAAAGAGCAGGAGGAAGCGAGGAAAAAGGAGUUCCAGCAGCGACUCGCCGAAGCCAAGGAGCGUUAUCAGCUAAAUAGAGGUCCACAAGGCUCGGCGUGGCCCGCUCAGCACAACUCCUGGAACAGGAAACAACAGCCCGGCUUCCGGGUGGGCGACGCCCCGUUCUGGAACAACAGUUACGACGACCGGCAAGGAAGGAGCGCCACCUGGCACGCUCAAGCUCCGCCCAACUUCCAGAGAUGGGCACCGGGAGACUUGCGGCCCGGACGCUUCCACUCCCAGGACGACUGGGGCGGCUCCAAGCAGUGGGGGCCGAGUCCGUUCCCUGAGCAAAGUCGGCUGCCCUGGCUCAGCAACCGGGGCAGCAACUACGGCAUGUACGGCAGGAAUAAUAUCGGCCCGUGUGCACAAAGUAACCACUUCAACCGACCUCCUCUGUUUCCGCCGCCGCCCCAGUUUUUCACCAAAUCGGUCAGCAACUUCGAAAGGAAGGUCGAAGAAGGCGUGGCACCCCAGAGGGAGAGGGCGCCGGCCGCUGACUGCGACCCGCAGAGUCAAACGAGCCUCCAUAGCAACCCAAAACUGGACAAAACAAAAUCUCACAAUGCCACAAAAGAAGUGGACUCGCAAGCUCACAAGGAUGCCUCAUUGACCCACGCCAAAGGGCCCCAAAGCCAGGGAAGAACCGCCCCAGAAACACAACAGCUCAAAGCAAAGCUCAAAAGUAACCCUAAAAGUGAAGAAAGGAGCAAUGGUGCCCAGAAGGAUGGUGGCCGAGUUCCCACAGCUGGUCUUUCCAGUCGUCCUAACUGUGGGGGCUCAGCACAGCCACAGUCAAAAGCCACCACCACCAAGCAGAAGGGAGUCAAGACCCCUUCUCUUGGACCUCAGGGCCAGAAGCCUCCAGAAUUAGUCAGGAAAGCCAAGUCUGCCUGUGCGUCCGAACGGAGAUCAUCUCUGGAUGGCUUCCGGCUGGCAGGGGCCCGGCAGACGGAGGGUGAACCCGCCAACGACUCCGUGCAGGGUCGGAUCACGCACGAUGACGAGAACAGCUGCCGGCAGAACGUGACCAAGAUCCGGGAAGAGCUCGUGCCGUCACCGUCUGAGAGCACCCGCUCCCUCCAGUCGCUGCAAGUCAGCACCUCCACCGCAGAGAGGUCGGCGUCCGCAGCCUCAAGCGCCGACGACACGGGAAAGCGCCCGGACAAGGAGGCUCUCGUGUCAGCGCCUCAGGAUGAGGUCGCACAAGAGGGUCACGGUUCAGAGAGCGACGCCUUCAGGUGUGACAAAGUCUGCCUCAAAGCGUCCGGCGCCUCCAAGCCUGACCUGCCCCCCGUUUUCAAACGAGACCUGGCCAAGCGCGUCCUGGAGCCCAACCUCAACAUCGCCAGGCGGGUGCGCAACCUGAGCGAGUCGCGGAGAAGUGACACGGAAAAGGACUCCGGACUCAAACCAACCGUCCGCCAGCUCAUCAGCUCCUCUGGGGCUCGGCGGAAGGUCAACUGGGAGCAGGUGUACCAGGAAGUGCGGAAGAAGCAGGACAAAGGAAAAGGAAUGCCCAGGUUCGGCAUAGAAAUGGUUCCAAAUGACGCCGGGGACCAGAGCCAGGAGGAGCUUGACCUUGCAAUCCUGGAGAAUUUCUCCUGGGACUCACUGAUGGGGACCUCGCCUCCCGCAGUCUCCCGAAAACGCUCCUUAUCGGAAAGCAGCAUAGCCCCCACGUCCGAGCACACCCUUUUCGCACCCCAAGAGUACAACCAGACCCCAGUCCGACGCUCCGAGCAGCAGGGGUCCUCUGUUCCCCCCAAGUCCACCCUCCCCGGGGAGAACGGACGUCCUCCAGAGCAGACGUUCAACUUCACUCUGGAGGAAGCCCAGAAGCAGGCAGAUAAGCUGAUGUCAGAGAAGGCUAAGGCUCUCCAGAACUGCGACGCCGUGCUCGGAGACAACAGCUCCGGAACGGAGCAGAUGGACACUCAGGGGACGGUGAAGAGGCGAAGAACGCCCGGGGAUAUUCUGAGCCAAGAGUCUUCGUGUGUGGAACAAGAGAUCAAAAGAAGAAAGAUCAAAUCGAAAAGUGCGGAUCGUUUACAGAUCGACCAGCUGCUCUCCGUGUCCCUGCGCGAGGAGGAGCUGAGUCGCUCGCUGCAGACGGUGGACAGCAACCUCAUCCAGGCCAGGGCGGCGCUGGAGGCCGCCUUCAUGCAGGUGCAGAGUUUCAUGGUGGUCAAGCAGCAGAUCACCACAGAGAUGAGCAGCCUGAGAGAACGUCGCAUUGAGUUAUUAAAAGGGAUGCAAGGCGAAGCACCUCCACUGCGACUGAAAGAGGAGAAGGCCGACCAGGUGGACUCCAUGUCCUCUCUUCCAAGCACCGCUCCUCCUCCUCUUCGCUGCACCUCGCCUCCGUCAUUCAGCGCCCCCCUAAUAUCCGUCAAGCAGGAGCCCCUCUCCCCUGUGCGGGUCACCUCAGAGCCUUUGGAGGCCGCCGCCCAAGCAGAGCCCGCCGGAACCAAGUCGUGUCAAGCCGGCGGCGAGUCUGCGGACUGCCUUUCGGGAAUGUCGGAGUCUAAAGAAAAAGUGGUCAAGGCGAUCCAUCUUCUGCAUCAGGGCUGUCCAAAGUGCGGCCCGGGGGCCAUUUGCGGCCCGCAGUGUGCGGCCCUCAGUGGAAAAAGUUUGGACACCCCUGCCCUACACGGCCUGGACUCCAAAUCCUCAGUCAGCAGCAGGAGAAGCUCCGAGACGGGCAGCCUGGCCGAGCGCUCGGCCUUUGAGUUCGAGGCCCCCGCGGCCCCCGCCGGGGCUCGCGAGCCGGGCGGCGGCGGCAAGCGGGUGAGGAAGCUGAAGAAGAGGAAGGCGCUGGAAAAGGCUCACGGGGACGCGCGGGCCGACAGCAGCGACACGGAGAUGGACGCCGAGGCCUCCAGGCCCAGGUGGCUCCGAGCGAACAGGCGGUCCAGCGGCAGCAGCACUCAGGUCAGCACCUCCUCCCUGCCAAGCAGCGUGAAGAUGGACAACGACGAGGAAGCGGGCGGGAAACCUCUCAAAGAGCUCCUUCUCCCCGAAAACAUGGACGUGACCGCAGCCGGGACCUCGUCUGCUCCUCCGGACCCGUCCAGAACCGAGCAGCCGAGCCUGGCGUGCAACGAGGUCACCUCCACCAGCGACAUGGACAUUUGUAAAUCAUCUGAGAGCGACGUGUCAUUUCCAAACACGACAUGGACGUCUUCUUACACGUCCUGCGGCUCGUUCGAGGGCCACCAGGAGGCGGUGAAUGCCAUGCAGGUCCACAACGGCCUGCUCUACACCUGCUCCGGAGACCGCACCAUCAAAGCCCUGGACUUGCAGAGCCGCAAGUGUGUCGCUGUGUUUUCGGGCCACACGUCCAAAGUGAGCUGCCUGUUGGUGUCGGCUGCACCCUGCCUGCAGCGCCGCCUGUACUCGGGUUCCAGCGACCAGACCAUCCGGUGCUACAAUCUUAAGACCAAGGAACUGGAGCAGCAAUUCAGUCUGGCAGACCGCGUCCUCUGCCUCCACAGCCGAUGGAAGCUUCUCUACGCCGGUCUGGCCAACGGCAACGUGGUGACCUUCGACCUCACCAGCAACAAGCAGAGGGACGAGUUUGAGUGCCACACUCCGCGGGCCGUCAGCUGCCUGGCGUCGUACCAAGAGGGCUCCAGGAGGAUCCUGCUAGUGGGCUCCUAUGACAGCACCAUCAGCGUGAGGGACGCCAAGACCGGUCUGCUGCUGCGCAUGCUGGGGGGACACACCAAGACGGUCCUCUGCAUGAAGGUUGUGAACGACAUGGUUUUCAGCGGCUCCAGCGACCAGAACGUCUACGCGCACAACAUCCACAGCGGCGAGCUGGUCCGCGUCUACAAGGGCCACAGUCACGCCGUCACCGUGGUAACGGUCGUUGGCAAGGUGAUGCUGACCGCCUGCUUGGACAAACUGGUCCGCGUCUACGACCUACAGUCUCGAGAGCAGCUGCAGGUGUACGGCGGACAUUCGGACAUGGUGACCAGCAUGGCGGUCCACCAGAACAAGAUCUACACCGGCUGCUACGACGGCAGCGUGCAGGCCGUCGAGCUGAACCUGGCGCAGAACUACCGCUGCAGGUGGCACGGCUGCUCGCAGGUGUUCGGCGUGAUGGCACACCUGCAGCAGCACCUGGCGAAGGAGCACGCCGGCGACAAGGCGCAGACGCCGCGGUGCCGCUGGAAAGACUGCCAGGAGCUCUUCUGCGCGCGCGGCGGCUCCAAGCAGGGGAUGCUCGCACACGUGCAGAAACACGGCGAGGAGGCGGAGCCGGAGCCUUGAGUUCCCCCCCCCCCCCAUAUUGGGCGGGAUGAUUGGGAACGUGUCCACCACUUAACGUUCCAUGUUGGAAUCCAACGUUUAAGUGUCCCUUGCUAUUUUCUGUUUUCUACGUUUAGACGGGCGUGCGGCGAGCGACCACCACCACGCCCACGCCGUCUUUUUCCACUGACCAAAUAAAGAGGCCUUUUCCCGCCGAGAUAACGUGAGCGCUGCCGGGGUUGAGAACGCCGUGCUUCCUGAAGGCCGCACAGCGGCGUGCGGUCAGGAGCUUUUUUUAUUGUUGUGACGUGUCUUUGUGAUCAACAUCUUGAUUUUUAUUUCAUUAGCGACGUUUUGUUCUCCUUUGAGGCCGAAGACUGGAUGGGUGGCGUCUUGUUCGCCGAGAAGCGUGUUUGUUUUGGUUUGGUUUGUUUUUAUUUUCUUCUUUUGUCCGCUGUUGGCUUGUCCUGAUUGAGACUUUAGGGCAGGGUGUCCAAUCCUUUGGACUUGGGGGCCGCAUUGGGCUCCAAAAUGGGUCUGUCGUCCGAAAACCAGCUCCAUAUAGCCGGUGUGUGUGGUUGUGAAAGUGUGUGUGUUUGUGUGUAUGUACUGUAUGUAUGUAUUUGUGUGUAUGUGAACGUGUGUACGUAUAGAUGCAUUUGUGUGUGUGUUUAUAUUGUAUGUAUGUAUCUGUGUAUGUGUGUAUCUAUGUAUUUGUGUAUGUGUGUGUAUGUACUGUAUGUGUGUAUUUGUGAGUUUAUAUGUAUGUAUGUGUGCGUGUGUAUCUAUGUAUUUGUGUGCGGAGAAGCGUGUUUAUUUUGAUUUGGUUUGUUUUUAUUUUCUUCUUUUGUCCGGUGUUGGCUUGUCCUGAUUGAGACUUUAGGGCAGGGUGUCCAAUCCUUUGGACUUGGGGGCCGCAUUGGGCUCCAAAAUGGGUCUGGGGUCCGAAAACCAGCUCCAUAUAGCCGGUGUGUGUGUUUGUGAAUGUGUGUGUGGGGGAGGGGGGGUGUGUAUUUGUGUGUGUAUGUGAACGUGUGUACAUAUAGAUGUAUUUGUGUGUGUGUGUAUAUUGUAUGUAUCUGUUUAUGUGUGUGUGUACUGUAUGUAUGUAUGUGUGUGUGGGUCGGUCGGUCGGUCGGUCGGUCGGUUGGUCGGUGUAUUUGUGUGUGUAUGUGAACGUGUGUACGUAUAGAUGUAUUUGUGUGUGUGUGUAUAUUGUAUGUAUCUGUUUAUGUGUGUGUGUACUGUAUGUAUGUAUCUGUGUGUGUGUGUGUGUGUGUGUGUGUGGGUCGGUCGGUCGGUCGGUUGGUUGGUCGGUGUAUUUGUGUGUGUAUGUGAACGUGUGUACGUAUAGAUGUAUUUGUGUGUGUGUGUAUAUUGUAUGUAUCUGUUUGUGUGUGUGUGUACUGUAUGUAUGUAUCUGUGUGUGUGUGUGUGUGUGUGUGUGUGGGUGGGUCGGUCGGUCGGUCGGUUGGUUGGUCGGUGUAUUUGUGUGUGUAUGUGAAUGUGUGUACGUAUAGAUGUAUUUGUGUGUGUGUGUAUAUUGUAUGUAUCUGUUUACGUGUGUAUUUGUGUGGACUGUGUGUGUGUGUGUGUGUGUGUGUGUGUGUGUGGGUCGGUCGGUCGGUCGGUUGGUCGGUGUAUUUGUGUGUGUAUGUGAACGUGUGUACGUAUAGAUGUAUUUGUGUGUGUGUGUAUAUUGUAUGUAUCUGUUUAUGUGUGUGUGUACUGUAUGUAUGUAUCUGUGUGUGUGUGUGUGUGUGUGUGGGUCGGUCGGUCGGUCGGUUGGUUGGUCGGUCGGUGUAUUUGUGUGUGUAUGUGAACGUGUGUACGUAUAGAUGUAUUUGUGUGUGUGUGUAUACUGUAUGUAUCUGUUUAUGUGUGUAUUUGUGUGUACUGUGUGUGUGUGGGGGGGGUCGGUCGGUGUAUUUGUGUGUGUAUGUGAACGUGUGUACGUAUAGAUGUAUUUGUGUGUGUGUGUGUAUAUUGUAUGUAUCUGUUUAUGUGUGUAUUUGUGUGUACUGUAUGUAUGUGUGUGUGUGUGGGUCGGUCGGUGUAUUUGUGUGUGUAUGUGAACGUGUGUACGUGUAGAUGUAUUUGUGUGUGUGUAUAUUGUAUGUAUCUUUUUGUGUGUGUUUGUGUGUACUGUAUGUGUGUGUGUGUGUGUGUGUGUGUAUGUGAACGUGUGUACGUAUAGAUGUAUUUGUGUGUGUGUGUAUAUUGUAUGUAUGUAUCUGUUUAUGUGUGUAUUUGUGUGUACUGUAUGUAUGUAUUUGUGUGUGUGUAUCUAUGUAUUUGUUUGUGUAUGUACUGAAUAUGUGUAUUUGUGUGUGUGUAUAUGUAUGGAUGUGUGUGUGUAUCUGUGUAUUUGUGUGUGCAUGUGAGUGUGUGCAUGUAUAUAUACUGUAUGUAUAUAUACAGUAUAUAUUUAUAUACACAUUAUAUAUAUAUAUAUAAAUAUAAUAUAUAUGUAUAUAUACAUAUAUCUAUAUAUAAUUAAUGAUUGGAUAUUAAGUGUGUGUGAAAGUUAGACUCCCAUCCUGCUUACUUCUGUGACGACCUCCUUAAAGUUGUGUAAAUCAAACAAACAUCAAGCGGCUAAAAUGUGCCAAACAUGGAUGAGUGUAGAAAAAGAGUGUUUUUUGCAUUUUUCCCAUCAUGCACUGCAGGGGGAUUUAAAAUGGGUGUCCUUUUUGAAUGAUGCGUUGUGUAUUUUGCGUGUGUUUUAUAACACCCACCAAGUCCAGCGAGCAGGUCGUGUUAAUAAGCGUGUUGACUUUUUUUGCAUCGGUUUAUUUUGCGCCGUGAGUGGUAAAGGUCGUCCUUAACGGCUUGUAUAAAAACGUACACUUCAAAGUGCGGCUCAUGGUCAUUGACGGAGGCAAAGUUGCAGCAGUUACACUGUCGGUUGUUUUAAAACACGGCGGUGACUUGUCUUGUGUGUUUUGUUUCUGCAACGUGGGAGGACGCCCGUUUGGAUACGUGGCCGCCUUACCACCACGCCUUUCUACUUGAGACUUUUUCACACUCGUGGCGGGGAGCAAGAAGACGGAAGGGCGGCAGGAGGAGGUGACGCAGGUGUAGAGGAGGUGUUUGAUGGAAGCAGCUAGAAAGAAAGAAUUAGGAUUUAUCCCCCCCCACACACACACCCCCCCAACCUAAACACACUUUCGCUACUUUUUCAUUUUUACCCUCAUUGACGUUUUUUAGGCGAUGUUUUUACUCGAAGUCAGACGCGAAGCGCGGCGUUCACUUCCCGCCCGGCAACACCGGCGUUCUUCAAGAGUUUUUUUUUUUUUUUUUUUUUAACAGUGCAAUCCAAGGAGUUUAUUAAUAAUAAUAAAAACAAAUAUACGCAA